AUGGUCCACCGGAGUCUCGGGACUGAACGUCUAGGAGCCAUAAGCUCGAAGCCACCCAGAGAAACAAUAAUACGCAAAAUUAACCAGACCGAAGAACCGGAACUUCGGCUCCUGGGCUCAGUGCGCACCGCAGAAGGAUGGCGUCCCUCAAUCACCAUCUGGCACCCCAUAACUGCCCCAGUACGGAGUCAUCCGAAGACUGCUCUUGUCUACAUCGAUGAGCAGAAACAUGUGUCCAAGUUCUCGGCCUUUGGAACCUUCAUUGAACUGCGUCUCUUUUCUGCCCUGGAGAACUCCCUUCGCAAAUUGGACAUCCUAAAAAAUGGGCCAUUUGCUGUGACAUUGUUUCGUUCCCUUCGCGCGCGCAAAGCCAUCAAGCACGCUUUUCACUCCAAACCUAACGCGCAGUCUGACGGACACCCACGUCGAUAUCAGCCCCGCUCGUUGACUCAUUAUCGUCCUAUAUCCUCCCUGUCCUCCAUCAUCCUUGCACUGAUCAACCGCCACGUCAUCAAUCCCGAAAUACCCUGGGAUCUAUGCACGAGGAUCCUUGUUCGGUAG